AUGGGUGCCCCUCAAGAAGACAAUGACGUUCGUCAGACGUUGAAGAUCGUGACAUAUAUUUUUGCGGGUUUAUCAAUGAUGCUUAACAUUAGACUCUGUUAUAGUGCGGCUCCGUAUGCCUUGUUGAGAUUUAAACUUCCUGAGAAUUUGUUUAGUAUAUUCGUUAGAAAAAUGGCUAGUGCAUUGGAACUUUGGUGUCUACCAAGUAUGUUUUUGGGUAAUUUUAUCGAUCUUCUUGAUAAACACGCUGAUGGAGGACACACACUAAGACAAUACACAGAUGCUCCUAAGUAUGAUGUCACUGGCACUAGUCUUGGCGAAGGACUUAGACUUAAAGCAACAGAACUCGAAAUUGCUUCCAAGGCACUUCAAACCGCUUGUGGAACUGAGGGUGCACUUAGUGGACUUGCUGGUCAAGCCGAAACUCUAGCCACCGAAGCUGGAAAUCUAGCCACUGGUACUAAUGCUAAGUCUGAUGCCAACACUGUAAUAGACAACUUCAAGGCAUUGGAAGAUGCAUACGAUGGACUAGGUACAACUAAUAAGGAAAACCAGGAUAAGGUAAAGUCUGAAUUCGGAACUGUCAAACAUAUAUACAGCCGAAUGCUCAAUGUCAACAAGGUCAAACUACUUAAAUCUCAAGCUUCUAGUAUGUUAACCGAUGCCAGUACUCUACAUACUCAUGCCAACUUACUAGAAGGUGCUGCUCUGGGUACUAGUGCUCUAGAUCCUGAGGCCCUUAAACAAAAAGCUGGUACAAAUCAAACUACUCCUGGUACACUCAGAUUCUUAGCCAAAGAACUAUAUUCUGCAGCCAGUCAACUAGCCACCAAAGUUAAUACUGGUAAUCCUGGUUAUAACGAAGCCCUCAAUCUUUACAGUGCUGUCGGCAUUGGUGAAGCUGGUAAACCAGGUCCACUUCGACAUGCACUCGCUCAACUUGCUGGUACUAGUGCUGCUAAUCCUGCUGAUCUAAAUGCUCCGGCCCAAGCUGUUACAACUGCAUACGACGGUGGCGCUACUAGUGUAAAACAGAGAUUCGCUGAAGUUGAGACUAAAAAUAAAUCAAAUGCAUAUGCCAAUCAUGAAUCAAAGUAUCAAGCAGUUGUAAAGGCAUGGACUGCUUUCAAUAAUGUUUAUAGUGCUGAUCUCAAACAACUAGCCACAAAUCUUGCUAAGGCUGUAGGAGCAGAUCAAAACAGUGGUAUCCGAAAGGCCCUCAGUGAUCUCAAUGGUGCUCAAGAAAGUGAUCCCAAGAACUUAAUUACCACAGCCAAAGAGGUCAUAGAUAAGUACAACACAGUCAAAGAUGCCUAUAAUAAGGUCAAAGAACUUGGAGCUACAUAUACAAACAUUAGUGAAACUAAAUCUCAUUAUGGCCAAGUUGAAUCUAAAUUCAGUGAACUUCAAACCAAGUUCAACCAGGUCAAGAGUGUUAAUAGUAUUAAGGAUAUCACUCUUAUUUAUGACAAACCUGUGAUUAGAUGGUCUUCCAUAUUUUGGAAUUGGUGCAACUUUUUUACAUUUGUUAUUCUAUUUUUUGUAUUUAUUACCGGUGGUGAUCAGGGUCAUGUUACUAUUUUUUACUGGGUUAUUGCAGCCUCCGGAUUUGUGUUCGGUAUUUACAUGGUUUUUGUAUAUGCUAUGGAGUGGUGGUUUCUAAAUUGGUAUAUGGUUGGUGAGAACUCCUUUCCUGUGGUCACAUCAUUCAUGCAUUAUGUAUCCAUUUUGAUAUUUGGUAAUCGUAGGAAGUGGAAUACUGACUAUAUAGCAGUAAUUGUAGAUAUGGUUAUUUCAAUGUGCAUAGCCUUUAUAGCUGCAGUUCUGUGGACAUAUUGCUACUACGAGCCUCCUCCAUUUGAAUACAACGCACCCAGCACUAUCGAACCCGCCAUAGUUUCGCCGGUUAUCAUGGUCCUAGUUGGUAUGGGUAUUGUUUAUGCCAUUUAUCCAGCCAUUGCGCCUGGUAUGAUUGUACCAUUCUAUCUAAUUGAUAAGAUUGAAAUGGUACUUCUCAUUAUGACAUGCUUUCCACCAGUCAUUGUGGCAAUUGUAUGUAGGCAGAAAUACUCAUAUUCUCCUAAAGCACCUUGGAAAAAUCCUUCAGUAUUUUGGGAUCCAAAUGCCGAUAACAUGUUUUGGCAUACAUUUAUCUUUAUUCCACCGCUUCAGAUAUGCCUAACUGUCGUAUUCCUAUAUUCUCUCCACUAUAGAGAUUCUUCAAUUGCUAGAUCCAUAAUUAAUCAACCCAAAAUGUCUACAUUACUUAGCAUCUUAUUUUAUAUGUGUCAUGAAAUCCAAUUGGCCUUAGGGUUCCCAGGUAUGGUUGGUAACAAUGGGGGUGACCAAGUUAUGCUUCCAGUCCAGUAUGUUGGAGCGCUACUUAUGGUCUUCUUAGCCUUCUACAGUGAAGGUUACAUUACAGAGUACAAGCGUCACGACCCGUCUCUGUGGCCCACAGAAGGUAUGACUAAAUGGAACGUGUUCUGCUAUUGGUAUUAUUUGGUUUUUCUCUCAUUGUUUUUACUAUUAUAA